GCGAGGCGGCAUUCGCACAGAAGCCUCUGCAGGCAGCACGCGAUCCUUGAGGCGAGGCACCGACGCGGGCGCCGCACACACCGCCUUGCUCACGCGCAUCCUGCCCAGUGUAGCACGCAGCGUGACGAUGAAACUUUGGUGAUAGGUGACCGCUGAUAUUGUAUUAGACGUGAUCUAAAUUCGGACUUAAAUAAAGUGAAUAAGUGAAUAUAACAAAAUGGGUCUAGACUUUUUGGAACAUGGGGUAGACUUCGAACGCGCCAUUGCGGCGACAGGUUUCGGCCGCUUUCACUUCUGUCUGCUGGCGGUCACGGGGCUGAUCUACGCUAACACAGCCAUCGGCAUCACAAUAGUGUCGUUCGUAUUACCGACGGCGACAUGUGACUUCCGCAUGACAUCCGCCGACAAGGGAUGGCUGACUGCUGCUCCUAUGUUAGGAAUGGUGCUCGGCUCAUACUUCUGGGGAUGUUUGGCUGACACGAAGGGCAGAAAGGUUGUAUUAGUAUCAACUCUGCUCCUCGAUGGAAUCGUUGGUAUCAUAUCGUCGUUCGUCCAAAUUCUGCCAGUCUUCAUGGCUUGUCGAUUCAUCAACGGUUUCUCUGUUGCCGGCGCUAUGGGUAUUUGUUUCCCAUACUUGGGUGAAUUCCAACAGACUAAAUACAGAGAGAAGAUCCUCUGCUGGAUGGAAAUGUUUUGGACUCUCGGAGUUAUCCUGCUACCAUUGAUCGCGUGGGCUAUCAUCCCCAUCACCGGCAUUCGUAUCGAGAGAGGCAGCUUCUCAUACGACUCAUGGAACUGGUUUGUUGCCGCGUGCGGUGUGCCAUCCAUCCUGCUUGGUUGCUGGUUAUUCUACUUCCCCGAAAGCCCCAAGUUCAUGAUGGAGUGCGGCGACUACGACGACGCCCUCCAGUGCCUCAAGACCGUCUACAAGAUUAACACUGGUGAUGACCCCGACAAUUACCCGAUUAAAAGUCUAAAAGAGAAACAACGAACUGCAUCAGUUGGAUCUCAAACGUCUGUAAGGUCGAUCAGGAGUCUCAGUAUGCGCAGGCCAAAGGACCUUAAAAUCUUAUUCUCUGAGAUUUGGGCGCAGACUAAAGCUCUUUGCAAACCACCUUACCUGAAAUACACGAUCCUGACCUGCCUCAUCCAGUUCGGUUUGACUACCAGUUACUACACCCUCAUGAUCUGGUUCCCUGAGUUGUUCAACCGUUACGAGGAGUUUGAGAAACGUUUCCCCAACACUUCGGCCUCCGUGUGCGACGUCUCAGCCAUCGUCGUGGUGGACGAGAUGGACGGAGACCCCUUCGACUGCGACAAGACCAUCGACUCCAGCGUCUACAUGCACACCCUGAUCGUGGGUCUCGCCUGCAUCCCCACCUCCCUCUGGCUGCCUCUCUGCGUACACAAACUUGGAGCUAAAUUCUUCUUGAUCUUCAGUUUGGGUGUAGCCGGUCUGGUGACUAUCGGUCUGUACUUCGUGCAGAACUCAACUCAGAACUUGGUGCUGUCCUGUAUCUUUGAAGCCCUCACCUCACUCGCCAUCAGUCUUGUAUUCUGCGUCCUGGUCGACUUGUUCCCUACAAACCUCAGGGUAAUGGCUGCGGCGCUCUCCCUCACGGCGGGUCGAGGCGGUGGUCUCCUCGGAAACGUGUCCUUCGGCUACCUCAUCGACAUCAACUGCGUUAUCCCAAUCGUCGUGUUUUCGGCAUUCCUUUUCCUUGCCGCAAUACUCUGCUUCUUCUUGCCAAAGACUGGACAGGAAGCGUUGGAUUAAGUUUACGAGUGCUUAUUUAUCUUAGAUAAUAAAACUAGACUGUUGCAAUGCAUAGUUAUUAUCACAAAGUUCGGAGUGGUUGUACAUAAUUUAGGAUGUAAAUGAGGAUGAGUUUUAUUUAUUGUGUCGAUAAACGCUAAAAUGCACCCGUUACCGAGUUACUGUGAUUCAGUAUAGAAAAUGUCUUAUAAAUCAUAAGUGAUGAACAUAACAGUAUUUUAGAGUUGACUGUGUAAUAUAAAUCAAUUAAAUUAUUAUUAUGUAAUAAAGGUCGUUUGCCUUCAUGUA